AUGGAGCGCGUUUAAGAUGGCGCAGCUUUCUGCGCGCCCCCGAGCCGCCGUUAAAGCCCCACAGAGCGCCUCCGGGGAACCGGGCCACGAGGCCCCUCACCGGACCGCGGAGGGCUCCAUCCUGCGGGCCCUGCGGCGCAGAGCGGCCCCCAGCUCCCGGUGACACCCACAGCCCAGUUUGCAUAGAUACCGUCCUGGUUUCCGGUCCUUUUUUUACAACUUGCAGGCUGUGCUUGUAACGCAAGUGAACUUUUACUUCCUUGUACACACAGAUAGAGGAACUGACCGUUGUGCGGGUGGCCUGCCUUUUUUUGUCAACACUCUACAUCCUCCCCAAGCCUCAUUUCAUCACUUUCAUAAUCAUGAUCAGAUAGACGGCGGCCGGGCAGCACGACAGAACCGACCCGUCACAAGCUGCAGAGAUGGCUCGUCCCAAGCAGCAGUGCGAGAUGACGGAGUACAAGAAGAUGGCGCUCAAACGGGACAUGGAGAUGGGGGUGGUCAUGACGGUGUUCCGGCAGAAGGCGGAGCGGCUCACCGUGCAGGUCAUCAUGGAGACCCGGCAGGUGGCGUGGACCCGCACCGCGGACAAAACCGAUGGUGUCUUGGACCUGUUUGAGAUCAGAGAGGUUCGUCCAGGGAGGAACUCUAAGGACUUUGAGCGCUUUAAAGACGGGAAGGACAAACACGAUGAAAACUCCUGCUUCACUAUCUUCUACGGCUCACUGUUUGUUCUCAACACCCUCAGUCUGGGAGCUGACUCUGUCCAGGAGGCACAGAAAUGGCUCACAGGACUGGAGCUGCUGAGGCAGGAGACGCUGGAGGCUCCGACUCCGGUCCUCGUCGAGAGUUGGCUGAGGAAGCAGAUGUAUUCUGUCAAUCAGACCAAAACACACAGUAUCUCCAUGAAGGAGCUGAAGGUUCUGCUGGCGUCCAUCAACUACAAGCCCCCCAGCACUCGUUCCCUCAAAGACAAAUACCAGGAAGUGGGAGGAAAGAAAGACCGCCUGGACUUUGCCCAGUUUCAUAAAUUGUACAACCUUAUAAUGUUCGAACAGAAUGAGAUCCUGAAUGAGUUCAAAAAGGAGUCCUGUGCUUUUAUUUUGGGUAACACAGAUAAACCGGAGGCCUCGGCAGUUCUGCUCCACGACUUUCAACGAUUCCUCAUCUACCAGCAAAAGGAAUCAUGGGCCAGUGACCUAAACCAGGUCAGAGAACUGAUGACCACUUUCAUCGAUGACACCAUGAGGAAAACCAAUGAUCCCGAGUUCACCGUCAGCGAGUUCCUCAGUUUCCUCUUCUCCAAGGAGAACUCUGUGUGGGAUGAGAAGUUCUCAGAGAUCUGCAACCUGGACAUGAACAACCCUCUGUCCCACUACUGGAUCAACUCGUCACACAACACCUACCUGACCGGGGACCAGCUGCGCAGUGAGUCCUCCACAGAGGCCUACGUGCGCUGCCUGCGCCUGGGAUGCCGCUGUGUGGAACUGGACUGCUGGGAGGGGCCCGGGGAGCCGAUCAUCUACCACGGCUGGACCAGGACCACUAAGAUCAAGUUUGAGGAUGUGGUCAAAGCCAUUAACGAUCACGCUUUUGUCACGUCAGAGUUCCCGGUGAUCCUGUCCAUAGAGGAGCACUGCUCUGUGGAGCAGCAGCGUCAGAUGGCCCGCAUCUUCAGAGACGUGUUUGGAGACAAACUGCUGACCGAACCAGUGGAGCAGAUGGCCGAGCAGCUGCCGUCGCCGACGCAACUCAAGGGCAAGAUCAUACUCAAGCACAAGAAGCUCAGUGUAGAGGGAGGAGGAGUCACCAGAGACUUCAGGAAGGGGCAGAAACAGGGAGACCUGGAGAUCUGGGACCCCGUGGACCAGCGGUGGAACAGGCACUACUGUGUGAUCUCUGAUGACAAGCUGUAUUAUGCAGAGGAGUAUGAGGAGGAGGAAGACGAUCCCAGGAAGUACCAGGACAUGCACCUCUCAGAGCCGUGGUUCCACGGCCGUCUGAAGGAAGGCCGGGUGAUGGCCGAGCGGCUGAUCCACGACCACUGUGUGGAGAACGGGGGAAUAGAUGGUACCUUCCUGGCCCGGCCGAGCGAUACCUACGUCAAAGACUUCACCCUCUCCUUCUGGCGCAGCGGGAGAGUCCAGCACUGUCGCAUCCGCUCGGGUUCAGAGGGGACCCGCACGUACUUCUACCUGACGCCAAACCUGCACUUCCCCACCGUGUACUCCCUGAUCCAGCACUACAGAGAGAACCCGCUGCGGUGCCAAGACUUUGAGCUGCGUCUCACCGGCGCCGUGCCGCAGCCCAACCCACACCUGCAGAAAGGGUGGUUCUACAGUAACCUGAGCAGAGGCCAGGCUGAGGACUACCUGCUGAGGAUUCCCAGAGACGGAGCGUUCCUCAUCCGACAGAGAGAAGGAGAACCAGACUCCUUCGCCAUCACGUUCAGAGGCGACGGUAAGGUCAAGCACUGUCGCGUCCAGAAGGAGGGCAACAUGUACCUUCUGGGCACCACCACAGAGUUUGAGAGCCUUGUGGACCUGGUCGAAUACUUCAGGAAGAAACCGCUGUAUCGCAAGAUCAAGCUCCGUUACCCCGUGACCCCCGAGCUGGUGGACCACUUCAGCACCGAGAAAGACUGUGCCUCUCUGUAUGAAGUGAAGACCUACGUGGAGCCCAACGAGAUCGAGCCCAUACUGCCUCAAAGUACAGUGAGGGCCGUCUACAGCUACCAGGCCAAAAAUCCAGAUGAGCACAGCUUCAGCAAAGGAGCUUUGAUACACAACGUCUCCAAGCAGAGCAACGGAUGGUGGAAAGGCGACUACGGCGGAAGGCUGCAGCUGUUCUUCCCGUCCAACUUUGUCGAGGAGGUGUCCAACAACACCAAACCUGACAUCAAAGGACAGGACUUGGAAGACAACCCACUAGGUGAACUAUGUAAAGGCGUGGUGGAAAUCUCCAAGUGCAACAUCCAGAACUUGAAGAGCGGUAAGAAUGGGAAGCCCAAUGUGUUGACCCUGCAGGACAUGGAGCAGGACAGUCUGCAGUUCGACCUGGCAGCCGACUCUCUGGAGGAGCUGUUUGAAUGGUACCAAGUGGGCUGGAACAUCACCCAGAGAGCGAUGAGCAAGCAGUAUAACCGCGAACAAGAGAUGAGACAGCAGGAGGAAGUGGAGAAGAAGUCAGAGGUUGCCAUGGAGAUGUCGGACCUGGUGGUCUACUGUCAGCCGCUCAGCAAGGAGAAGGACCGCUUUGACCGCUACACCUACAAGCAGAUUCGCUCCUUUGUGGAGAACAAGAUGCCAGGAAAGAGCCGCACCAAGGACUUCCUGUGCUACAAUCGCAAGGCGCUGAGUCGCGUCUACCCAAAAGGCCAGCGCGUGGAGUCGUCCAACUACGACCCCUACUCGCUGUGGGCCCUUGGCUGUCACAUGGUGGCUCUCAACUUUCAGACUGCAGAUAAAUACACUCAGUUGAACAGCGCCCUCUUCAGUCUGAAUGGACACACGGGUUAUGUGCUGCAGCCGGAGCUCAUGCGUGACGACGGCUACGAGCCUCAGCAGGAGAGGAAGAAGGUCAAGUACGACAUCGCGGUUCGGGUGAUCGCUGCCAGACACCUCCCGAAGCCCGGCCGCAGCAUCGCAAGUCCGUUUGUGGAGAUCGAGCUGUGCGGGCACACCGAAGACAAGUUCAAGACCAUGGUCUAUCGGGACAACGGUCUGAACCCAGUGUGGAAAUCCCCGGGAGACUCAGCGGUCUUCACCGUGUACGAGCCUGAGCUCACCUUCCUGCGCUUCGUGGUGAACGAGGAGGACAUGUUCUCAGACCCCAACUUCCUGGCUCAAGCCACGUUUCCUGUCAAAGGCAUCCGCUCAGGUUACCGCUCUGUGCCGCUGAAGAACGGCUACAGUGAAGACUUAGAGCUGGCUUCCCUGCUGGUCUACAUCAACGUCCAACCAUCAGGGAAAGCAGAGGAGGAGCUGUACUCGUCCUCCAGCCAGCUGAAGAAGAAGCAGGCGGAGGUCAGCAGCGAGCCUUUCCUGUACGACACGCACACUAACAUCCAGCGCGCCGCCGCCGCCCCACGCCAACACAACCCGCUCACCAGGGAGGGCAGCACCGGAGAGAGGACAAAAGAAAAGAAGAUAAACCACAGCAAGUUCUACUCGUGAAGACUCGCCUGUCCACGUCCUUCGUCCUUCGUCCUGCCUGACCGCUGGAGAAACGCCGACUACAGAUCUAACAUCACCUUUGCCUUCAUAUCUAAGAAAUUGUGAUCUUCAUCUAGAUGUUAUCAUUUGGCAUUGUCAUACCCAAAACAGCUUUCUAUUUAUUCAAGGUUUUUUAGACUUAAGACUGCACAUUUUGAUGUAUCUUUAAUAAUAAAAGACCUGUGGGAAAUGCACCCAGGUUGAGGGUGAGGCUGUGACGUUUCCCCAGCGUAGUGCCUCCGGUCUGAAAUCAAACUGUUAGGACUGAUACUCGGAUGAUAUUUAUUGUGUAACUGAAACAACAGCAGACUCUUCUUCUGCCGGGUGUGUGUGUCGAAUGAAUCUAUUAUUUUGAGUCUUCAUUUUUCAAACCCUGAUGAGUGGGAGAGGACUUAUGGAGUAAGCAGUCUGGAGCUGAGAGGUCAUAUUAGUGGAAACAGCAGAUGCAAUGCACAGUUUGAAUGGAUUUCAUUUGAAGCCAGAUGUUUGUAGCUUUUUCUGUAGCUCCCCAGAGACCCUCUCCUGAACGGAGGUAAUAAAGAAUGUUACCCAGCUUCAUCUUUAUUUUGCCUACAGCUGCGUUACAUUGUAUGUAAUAAGCAUGUUUUAUGACGUUGGUCCGAUGUUAUUUGGCUGCCACAGCUGACUGCAUAGAUAAACUUCCAUCUUCCAAACAACACCAUUAGUAAGGCGCAUGCUGCUCAGAGCUUUGGGUCUUUGUAUAAUAUACUGCAGAUAAAAAGCAUGGUUUAGUCAACCUAGUUUGAACCAGUCACUCCAUCUUAGUGUUAACUCUGAUACUUAAACCAAAGCCUCCCUGCGUGGACACUGAAAAAAACUUACUAUCUCCUUUACCAGAUGCAAUUGGGAAUAGUUUUCUCCAGCAGUUUU